CCCCGGCCCCAGGCCGCCCCAGCGAUGGGCUGACCCGGCAAGCAGGGGCCCAUGACAGCCAGGGGGGGUGUUUCACCUCCGGCCGUGCGAGACCCCACCUGCAGCUAUGGCUCGGAAUGGAUACUUCUUUGAAGAAACUGGCUAUUUCAAGUGUGACACAGAGGAUGGCGUCGAGGGAACGGAGGAAGAACUCUUUGACACGGUCAAUUCUUCCAUCGUUUCUGGAGACAGCAUCCAGUUUUUUGUCAACUUCAACCUGGACAUGCUGGCUAACUUGAGCGAGGGCGAUAGAUCAGGCUGCGUGCUCCUGCACACCUCCAGAAAGUACCUGAAGUUAAAGAACUUUGAGGAGGAGAUCAGAGCCCACCGUGACCUGGACAGCUUCCUGGCCCGGGCCAGCAUCAUCCUGAAUGAAACAGCAACAACACUGGACGAUGUGCUGUGUGAGAUGCUUCGGCAUUUUUGCCAGGACCCAAACAACGCUGAACCGGGCUUCAACUUCGAGCGGAUCAUGGCAACUCUCUUCACUGAUGCAGGGACUCCUCGAGAGGGAACUGUUCACCUCCUCUCUGAUGUAAUCCAAGGAGUCACAGCCACUGUUACUGGGAUUCAGUACCAGCAGUCCUGGCUUUGCAUCAUCUGUAACAUCAAGUUGCUGCAGCGGCGUCACGUGUGCAUCAGCCGCUUGGAGCGGCCCCAGAACUGGGGUGAAAAUUCUUGUGAGGUGCGGUUUGUGAUCCUGGUGAUGGCGCCCCCCAAGUCGAAAAGCACGAAGACGGCCACGGAAGUGGCACGGACGUUUGCGACCAUGUUCUCGGACAUCACCUUUCGCCUCCGGCUAUUGGAGACACGCACCACUGAGGAAUUCAAGGAAGCCCUGGUGCAGCAGAGACACCUGCUCACUGUUAUCAAGCCACGAUCCUCAGUGGUCGUGGAAGAUGAAAUCUACACCCCGGCACGGCCUCGGCAGCAUGUAACCAAAACACUGCAGUGUCAAAACUUCCUACAAUUGGGGAAGGGAAUCAUGGAUGACAUCGCCAGGCGUUUUCCUGUGUACGCUCUGGACUUCACAGAUGGCAUCAUUGGAAACAACAAGUCUUUGGGGAAGUACCUCACCACCACCAUCUUUCUCUACUUUGCCUGCCUCCUGCCAACCAUCGCCUUUGGUUCCCUCAAUGAUGAGAACACAAGGGGAGUCAUUGAUGUGAAGAAAACAAUCGCUGGCCAGAGCAUUGGCGGCCUCCUGUAUGCACUGUUUGCAGGACAGCCCUUGGUGGUAUUGCUCACCACCGCACCAUUGGCCCUCUACAUACAUGUGAUCCGUGGCAUUUGUGACGACUACCACCUGGACUUCAAUGCCUUCUAUGCCUGGACUGGGUUGUGGAACAGUUUCUUCCUGGCUCUCUACGCCAUCUUCAACUUGAGUCUUCUCAUGAAGGUUUUCAAGAGAUCAACAGAGGAAAUCAUCGCACUCUUCAUCUCCAUCACCUUUGUGCUGGAUGCUGUCAAGGGCAUGGUCAAAAUCUUCCAGAAGUACUAUUUCGGUAUGCACUCAAGUGCCCAUGGGAAUACGAACCACUCCCCAACACACUUGGGCCUCAACGCCAGCUUCCUGAUCAACUCAUCCAACCCCAUAGACAGUGAGGAUGAGCACCCUGGGCGAGAAACAGCUAUCUUGAGCCUCAUGCUCAUGUUGGGCACCGUUUGGCUGGGUCACACUCUCUACCAGUUCAAGAAGAGCCCAUACCUCCACGGCCGAGUGCGGGAGGCGCUGUCAGACUGUGCACUGCCCAUUUCUGUGCUCACCUUCUCCAUCAUUGGCUCCGUUGUCUUCCAUGAAAUUAAGAUGUCUAAGUUCAACUAUAACCCCAGUGAGAGCCUGUUUGAGCUGGCAAAAAUACAGUCUCUGUCCAUGGGAGCUGUGGGCAGCGCCAUGGGACUAGGCUUCCUCCUCUCCAUGCUCUUCUUCAUUGAACAGAACCUGGUUGCUGCCUUGGCCAACGCCCCAGAGAACAGGCUCGUGAAGGGCACAGCCUACCACUGGGACCUGCUGCUGAUCGCCAUGAUCAAUAUGGGGCUCUCUCUGUUUGGCCUGCCCUGGCUCCAUGCGGCCUACCCCCACUCUCCGCUGCACGUGCGGGCGCUCGCCAUUGUGGAGGAGCGAGUGGAGUAUGGGCACAUCCAUGAGACGAUUGUAAGCGUGAAGGAGACACGCCUGACCACCCUGGGGGCCAGCAUCCUGGUGGGGCUGUCACUGCUGCUGCUGCCCUUCCCACUGCAGUCCAUCCCCAAGGCCGUCCUCUACGGGCUGUUCCUCUACAUCGCACUCACAUCCCUCGACAACAGCCAGCUCUGCGAGCGGAUCGCCCUUCUACUCAAGGAGCAGACGGCAUAUCCCCCCACCCACUACAUUCGCCGGGUGCCACAGAGGAAGAUCCACUACUUCACAGGCCUGCAAGUCCUCCAGCUGCUGCUGCUCUGUGCCUUCGGCAUGUCGUCCCUGCCCUACAUGAAGAUGAUCUUCCCCCUCAUCAUGAUUGCCAUGAUCCCCAUUCGGUACAUACUGCUGCCCCGAAUCAUUGAAGCCAAAUAUUUAGAUGCCAUGGAUGCGGAGCACUGAGGAAGCCCUGACCCAAGUCUCCAGCCUCUGACCUUAGGCUUCCUGCUGCCCCUUGCUCAGGCAGAGCUGUGCUGCUUUGCUUCUCUGCCCUCCCUCCCAACACUGAGCAAGCCCCCAGAGUCUCUACCUCUGUCUGGUUCCUUUUCCACAGCUUUGAUUUUUCUCUUUUUAUGUCCCUCCCAGAGUGCUUUGCUCUCUGGUGGUUCCCCGAAGCCAGGUUGCUCUGGGGGUUGGUUGGGAGGGGAAUGGCCUUCCUCUGCUUCUGCUCCACCCCACCCCCAUUCAGGAAGUAAGGCAUCUGCCUCUGGGCAGAUCAUGGCGCAGAAAGGCCAAAAAUGGCAGAGACCAGUGACACCAAUGGGCCCAGUGGUCAGAGCAGGCACGUCCAUGGCUCUAGCAUCGACAUCUAAGAGUCAUAUGGCAUGUGUUGUAUGAACACAUGCACGUGAGUGGUUUUGCCUUUGACAAUCAGUUACACAGUGACCUCCCAUCAUUUGGGCUUCAGCCACAUGUGCACAUCUGACUUUCCCUUGGGUUCCUGGAUGACUAUCCCUCAGUCCUGCGGAUCCAGAACCGAGGAGACUCCCCAAAUCCUACCCUCACCCCUGGGCAAGGAGAGGGAGAUUCUGGCCAGUGGCAUUUCAUGGCAGCACAUAGGCUGGUAGGCUGUGCAUAUGUGUGCGUGCACGCACACGCACACACCCUGGUCUAACGCACCAGGACGAUGGAGGAUAAGGAGCAGGGGUCAGGGCCCAAGAACUAGGGUCUCCUAUUGCCGGACCAGGGGUCAGGAGCCCAGGGCUGGGGUGGGGGAUUCAGCUGAGCAGUGUGGAUUUUCUUUUGAUAAAAGAGUCACUGCUUGGAAGAGAAAUCAUUUCCUUGAUUGUGUAAGGAACUCGCCGUGAACGUUGCAGAGAAUAAAGCUUCUGUUUCUACACUUCU